AUGUCAGUGAUGACCAGAAACACCAGGGUCAGUAGGACCAAUUCGAGGUCGUGCACACCCGAGUUGGCCUUCUGUCUGCUAGUGGAGGUUGGCAUCAUCAUUGCAUCUGUGGUGAUCUUAGCCACGAUGGGAUCGGGUGAUGGCAUUACCAUUCGCACGGAUAUCGGAGCUUUGAUUUGUGGCUCCAUGAUCUUGCUGGGCAUGCUGUUCCUGGCCUUGAUCGAACUCCUAUGCCAGGGAUGUGCUGGCGCAACCGAGGUGGUGCUGGUCUAUCUACAAAUCGCCAUCCACAUCAACGCGGUGGGUUUGGGUGCAAUGACCUUGUUGGGUCAUGCUACCUGGCUGCUGGCGCAGUUGCUCCUCUCGGUCGCCGCCUUUGCUUGGGCCACUGCCUGUUGCGGGGCCGCCGUGAACUUGUGGUAUUGCCUCUACUAUUUGCAGGUAGAACCCAAGCCUCGCCUGGGUUUUAGGACGUCCUUCUUUUUGGGAUUGCACUACAAGAGUGCCUUCCUUGUUUGGGCCAUUCUGGUGGCCCUGGCAGUCUCGGCGUUGGUCUUCCCCAAACUCCCUGACACCUUGGGCUUGUCGCAAGAGUUGGCCAUUGCGGAGCACGUGCUGCUGAUGGGCGUGGGGGGCGUCUUCUGCUCGGCGCUGCUGUCGCCACUGCUGCUGGCGCUGUCCCAGCAGGGCCGGCGAUUCAUGUCCAAGGCAGCUGGCCGGAGAAAAGGUUUGUGCCUUCGAAUUCUGACGGUCUUCGUCUCCUCAGUAGUCCUUCAUUUGGUCACUGCACUGGUGAUCCCUCUCUUAGCGGCCCGGUGA